CUCAUCCACUCACCCACCUACUCACCCUUUCACCCACUCACUCACCAAUGCACAUACACACUCACCCUCUAACUUGUGGUAGCAAGGUCGCUUUUAAAAACGAGCUUCAUAUCCAUACCUGGUUAAAACAAAAAUAUUUUAAAAUGCUUGAGUUUAGUCCGGCUAGGGAAGGAUUUUUGCGUGAAUCUGGAGGUUUUCCCUCCCGUAACUGGCAAGGUGGUGGUAGGGGGGGCGCUCUCACCUUGCUCCAUUUCCGAUCACGACCGCUGGCGACCUCGCAGAAGUCGACGUCUCCGAGAUGCAGCAGGCCGUGCGAGUGAUGCGGGCCAUCCGCAUGCGGGAGUUCGGGCCGUCCUCCGUGCUGCGCCUGCAGACGGACGUCCCCGUGCCUUCGCCCAACGACAAAGAGGUGCUGAUCCGCGUGCGUGCGUGUGGCGUCAACCCCGUGGACACGUACAUACGCACGGGCACGCACACGCGCAGGCCCGAGCUGCCCUGGACCCCGGGGGGCGACGUUGCCGGCACGGUGGAGUCUGUGGGCCGCUCCAUCUCCUCCUUCAAGGCGGGCGACCGCGUGUACACGGCGCUGGCGGAGGGUGGCUACGCGGAGUUUGUGUGCGUGGCUCACGACCGCGUCUUCACGCUGCCGGCCCAGCUGGACUUCCCGCAGGGCGCCGCGCUGGGCGUGCCGUACUUCACCGCUUACCGCGCCCUCGUGCAAAAGGCCGCGACGAGACCGGGGGAGACGGUGCUCAUCCACGGAGCGAGCGGCGGGGUCGGCAUCGCGCUGUGCCAGAUGGCGCGUGCGCUGGGCACGCGCGUGAUCGGCACGGCCGGGUCCCCCGAGGGGCUGGAGCUGGUGGCCAAACACGGGGCCCACAGCACCUUCAACCACCGCGAGGACGGAUACGUGGGCCGCAUACAGGAGCUGUGCCCGCGCGGCGUGGACGUCGUCUUUGAGAUGCUGGCCAAUGUCAACCUUCCCAGCGACCUCAAACUGCUGGGGCAGAACGGCCGAGUGGUGAUCAUCGGUUGCCGUGGCGCCGUGGAGAUGAACCCGCGUGAGACGCUGCUGCGUGAGCUGCACGUCAUGGGGGUCAGCCUCUUCAACUGCAACGCGGAGGAGCGCCAGGAGAGUGCAGCCGCGCUGCGGGCCGGCGUGGAGAGCGGCUGGCUGCGUCCCGCGGUCGGCUCUCGCAUCCCGCUGGAGGAGGCUGCACGUGCCCACGACGAGAUCAUCUCCAGCAGCCCCACGCUCGGCAAGAUGGUGCUCACCAUGUGAACGCCGCGCUCCGUUACCGGCGCUCGCUCGCAGGAACUCGCCAGAAGUCACCGCCACUCGCCGCCGAAGCUCGCCGGCGCAUGGCACUCACCGGGGGGGGCUCGCCGUGGCUCACCGUGGGGGGGGGGGGCUCGCCGUGGCUCACCCACGCGUCGUGCUCACCGGCAUUCACCGACGCUCACCGACACUCACCGUGGGGGCUCGCCGUGGCUCACCCACGCGUCGUGCUCACCGGCAUUCACCGACGCUCACCGACACUCGCCGACACUAACCAGCGUGCGGCGUACCGGACGACGCGCCGAGGCCCCCCGAGACCGCUACGUUGGGCCUGAGUGAGUGAGUACGUGAGUGAGUGAGUACGUGAGUGAGUACGUGAGUGCGUGAGUGAGUGAGUACGUGAG